GACAGCUACACCGCUCUAUUCUACAGACUGCUAGCAUGGCCAAGGCAUCGCAGCUACCCUCAGAGCUAGACAGCAGCCAGGUCCUCAAAGCCUCCAAGGCCCUCCUCAAGCACAUACAAAAGGAAGCCACCACGGCGACAAAACCGAGCAAGAAGAACCUCCUUGCCACCGAUGUCGAUGCGCCAGAGCUCGAUACCCCCAUCUGGCUGAGUCUCACGACUAAAAAGUUCAUCAUUGAUACAAAGCGACUCAAGCCAGCGCGUAUACCGCUCGUCCAUUCGAUUGUUGCAGACGAUGCUACGGUUUGUCUCAUCACAAAGGAUCCACAGCGGCUGUACAAGGAUAUGGUGGAGACGGCGGGGCUCGAUAAGAAGGUGACAAGAGUUGUGGGUGUGACAAAGCUCAAGGGCAAGCACAAGACAUUUGAGGCGAAACGCGCGCUUCGGGAUGCGCAUGAUGUGUUUUUCGCGGAUGACCGAGUCGUGCACUUGCUACCGUCAAUCUUGGGAAAGACUUUUUAUGCGGGUAAGCACAAUCCGAUUCCUGUUGUCUUGCCAGCAGAGAAGGGAAAGGAGGAUCAUUUGAAGAUUGAGAUUGAAAAGGCAUUGGCAAGUACCUAUCUGCACCUCGCACCGGGCACUUGCACGACCAUCAAAGUCGGUCUUGCAGGACAAACAGCUGCACAAGUAGCCGACAACAUCAAAGCCGUGGCAGACAAAGUGAUUGAGACCUAUGUCCCACAGAAAUGGCAAAAUGUCAAGUCUUUGCACAUCAAAACGGCUGCCUCUGUUGCAUUGCCCAUUUACAUGGCAGACAAGGUUUUCGAUCCUGAAAUGGACAAAGUACAGGAUGCAGAAGCUACACAAGCGAUUGAGGAGAAGAAGAAUGCAAGGAAGCGAAAGCACUCCAAGGAGGUGCCUGGUAUUGAACUUGAGUCUGUGCAGGAGGUUGUUGAUGGUGUACCGCAGCCGGCAGAGGCGCCAAACAAGAAGGCAAAGAAGGAGACGCCCGCUGCGAAUGACAAGGCGACUGCAUCUGCUACAAAGAGUAAAGAUGCACCAGCAAAAAGCAAAGCUGUGCCUGCCAAGAAAGAGGCAGCUAAGGCAAGCAAGCCUGCUGCUGCUGUCAAACCUGCCAAGGCGAGCAAGGCCGUUCCCAAGGCAGCCAAGAAGCAGAAGGUAUAGCAGCAGAAUCAUGUUUUUCCCGUAGCCAAAUCGCCCUGUUCUGCCAAAUU